AUGGGCAAAACAUCGUACGAGCCAAGAGAUAGUAGCGUUUCUGAUCGCUCAGAGACAUCCGAACAAACUCUUUAUAAACAUGACGCGUCUAUUUUGUUGGCAACCUUCCUUAUGAAAAUCGUUGGCUUAUGGUUAGCGAAAGACCACGUGGAACAACGUCGAAGGAACUUAACGUUGAUAUACACAGUUGUUGCAAUUCUAUUCGGUGUAUGGGUCCAGACGAGAGACUUUUACUAUUCUUGGCCAAACUUUGGCGACUGCGUUUACACAGCAUGCAACAUUCUAUGUCUGAUGAUGGUUUUGCUGAAGGUGUCUGUUGUAUUUAUACACAGGAAAAACUUCAUCGAACUGCUUUUGUACACGCACAAGCAUUUUUGGCAUACAAACUACGAUGCCAAUGAGAAAGUAAUGAUAGCUGAUUGUAAAAGACUCUGCACUUUGAGUAUCGCAUUGAUCAACUUCUGUUGUCAAGGCACGAUCGUCAGUUAUGUGCUAACGCCUAUUAUGGCAAACAUUGGGAAGAAUCAGUCGGACAGAGUUCUUCCAUUUAAUAUGUGGGUUGAUCUGCCUCUAUACUUAACACCGUAUUACCAGAUAUUGUUCGUGCUACAGGUUUUGUCUUUGUAUCACGUCGGCGUGUGUUACGUAUGUUUUGACAAUCUAUUGUGCCUUAUAAACCUGCAUGUAGCCACUCAGUUUCGCAUACUUCAAUACAGGCUGAGAAACUUAGGCAGUGAAAGCACGAAAGAAAUAUUCAAAAAAACAUCGGGUACAGCUCAGUCAAAUUAUUCGGAAGAAUGUUACUCGCAAUUCAAGUGUUGCGUACAACAACACAAGGCGCACAUUCAGUAUUGUAAUAGAUUGGAAAGUAUAUUUACGAUAAUAGUCCUGGCACACAUUCUCAUCUUUAGCUUGUUAAUAUGCCUAGUGGGUUACCAAAUAUUUCUGGCUGAAUCGUCAAAAACUAGACGCUUUGUUUUUAUAUUCAAUCUAACGGGCAAUUUGUGCUCGCUGCUGCUGUUUACAUUCAGCUGCGACAGUUUAAUAGAAGAAAGUUCAAAUAUAGGAACGGCGAUAUAUUCAGGACCAUGGAUAAAUCUGUCGAUGAAUAGUAUGGGCAAAACAUUACGGAAAGAUUUGAAUAUGAUUAUUUUACGAUCGAGAAAGCCUUGCUGUCUAACUGCUUGUGGAUUCUUUCCUGUGUCUUUGGGAACUUGUACCAAGGUUAUUAGCACCGCCAUGUCCUACUUCACUUUACUAAGGCAAUCUGCGCUCAACUAAAGUUGUAAAUUACUCUGCAAGUAAUAAUAAAUGUUGUUGUUGAUGCCUGUAUUUGUGGAUCAAAUGCAAAAAAUCAAAGUAUUUUUCUUGUACGGAUAAUAAUAUUUUUUGCAAAU